AUGGCCGAGAAGACGCUCAAGCUCAACCCCAAGUACGACGACUAUGACUUUCCCACCAUCCCUCCGGACCCGCUGUCCGGCCACCCCGGCAACCUGACUCCCGAGCAGGAGAAGGCCAUCGACGACCUGCGCGCUGCUCUGGAGAAGGAGGGUUGCACCGAGCGCCUGGACACGUUGACCAUGCUGCGCUUUUUGCGCGCCCGCAAGUUCAACGUCGACCUCUCCAAGCAGAUGUUCCUUGACUGCGAGAAGUGGAGGAAAGAGUUCGGCGGCGGCGUUGACAACCUCGUCAACACCUUCGAGUACACCGAGCGCGCCAAGGUCUUCGAGUACUACCCGCAAUACUACCACAAGACCGACAAGGAUGGCCGUCCCGUGUACAUCGAGCAGCUCGGCAAGGUCGACCUGAACGCCCUGUACAAGAUCACCAGCCAGGACCGCAUGCUCCAGAACCUCGUCGUCGAGUACGAGAAGGUCGCCGACCCCCGCCUGCCCGCCUGCUCGCGCAAGGCCGGCCACCUGCUCGAGACGUGCUGCACCAUCAUGGACCUGAAGGGCGUUGGCAUCUCCAAGGCUAGCUCCGUCUACGGCUACGUCCAGGCUGCCUCCAACGUUUCGCAGAACUACUACCCCGAGCGUCUCGGCAAGCUGUACAUCAUCAACGCUCCCUGGGGCUUCUCCGGCAUCUUCAGCGUCAUCAAGCGCUUCCUCGACCCCGUCACCGUCAACAAGAUCCACGUCCUCGGCAGCGGCUACGAGAAGGAGCUGCUCGCCCAGGUGCCCAAGGAGAACCUGCCUAAGCAAUUUGGUGGCUCCUGCGAGUGCGAGGGCGGCUGCGAGCUCAGCGACCAGGGCCCGUGGCAGGACCCCUCCUUCACCAAGCCCCCCAAGUGGCUGGGCAAGAAGACCGAUGCUGCCAUCCAGAACCCUGAGUCUCUCUCGGGCAGCGCCGGCGUUCCUGAGGGCGGUGCCGCACCCGCUCCUGCUGCUGACGCCCCGGCUGCCGACGCCGCCAAGGAGACCGCACCCGCUGCGCAGUAA